CAUUUAUUUAUUUAUGUAUUUUAGGUUAAGGUGAAAUUACUGUGAUAAUCCGAUUAAUGUUCUUAGAUUAUAUGCCAUAAUUUAUAGUUUUCCCCUUAAAGGACUUGCUCCAUAUUCCUACAUAACAUGACAAAAACUGCAGCAGGUUUAGUGAUCUUCCGCAAGCAUUUAAAUGCAAUUCAGUACCUUUUGUUACAAACAUCUUACGGGGAACACCAUUGGACUCCUCCAAAGGGUCAUGUCGAUCCCGGCGAAACCGAUCCGAUGGUUACGGCAUUACGAGAGACGAGCGAAGAAUCCGGUUUGCGACAGUCGGAUUUGAACAUAUUUCACGACUCUAAGCAUAUUCUCAAUUAUAAUGUACGCGGGAAACCGAAGAUUGUUAUUUAUUGGUUAGCGGAAUUAAUUAAUCCAAGCGCUGGGGUGAGAUUGUCUGAUGAGCACCAAGAUUUUAAAUGGUUAGAGUUAGAGGAGGCUUGUAGAUUUGGAAAUUACACUGAUAUGCAAGUUAUGUUAAAGCAUUAUGAUAAUUUUAUAAAAACAAUGUGAAUAAACUGUUUUGUUGUUUGUAA